AUGGAAGCGAGAGCGCCAUUAACGAAGAAAGGAUUGCAGCCACUACUAGGCAAGAUCAAUUUCAUGAGGAGAUUCAUCUCAAACCUUAGUGGGAAGACACAAGCUUUUUCACCAUUGCUUCGACUCAGCAAGGAAGGGUUCAAAUGGGGGCAGGCUCAGGCUCAACAAGAGGCAUUUGAUAAGAUUAAAGCAUACUUGAGUCAUCUACCAAUCCUGACGCCCCCUUGUAGAAAUAAAAGUAUGAGAUCGUAUAUAGCUGCGCCUGACAAGACUUUAGGGAGCAUGUUGGCUCAAGAGGAUGAUAAUGGCGUCGAAAGAGCCAUCUAUUACCUCAGUAGGGUCUUAAAUGAUGUAAAAACUAGGUAUAACAUAGUUGAAAAAUUGUGUUUAUGCUUGUAUUUAUCUUGUACAAAGUUGAAGCAUUAUAUAAAACUUGUUGAUGUUUAUGUUUCAUCUCAUUUCGACGUUAUUAAGCAUAUGUUGUCCAAACCAAUUUUGUAUAGUCGAAUUGGGAAAUGGGCAUUAGCGUUAACCGAAUUUUCUUUAACGUACAUGCCAUUAAGGGAUGUUAAAGGACAAGUGGUAACAAAUUUUAUAGUCGACCACUCCAUAGAUGCAAAUGCACUACACUAUCUUGAAGUAGAACCUUGGAAGUUAUACUUCGAUGGGUCUAGUCACAAGGAAGAAACAAACAUAGGAGUGCUAAUUAUUUCUCCUAAUAAAAUUCCAACAAGACUCAAGUACAAAGUAGAAGGUCUCUGUUUGAACAAUGAGGCCGAAUAUGAAGCCCUCAUAGCCGGACUUGAAGCUAAUGGACAAGUCGAAGAUGCUAAUAAAGUGAUCAUUGGUUUGAUUAAAAAACAUGUGCGGAAGAAGCCUAAAAAUUGGCACAAAACUCUAGAUAAGAUUUUGUGGGCAUGUCGUACCUCUCCCAAAGAAUCCACUAAGUCAACCCCUUUUCGGCUAACUUUUGGCCAUGAUGUUGUUUUAAAAAUAGAGAUUCACCUACAAUCUAUAAGCAUUCAAAGGCAUCAUGAAAUUCCAAUAGAGUCUUAUUGGAGCAUGAUGCUGGAUGAAUUAGUUUAUUUAGAUGAAGAAAGGUUAAAUGCCUUGGAGUUAUUAAAACGGCGGAAGAAGAGUGUAGAUAACUCUUAUAACAAGAAGGUGAAAGUCAAAAGUUUUUUAUCUGAAGACUUGGUCUGGAAAGUGAUCCUUCCAAUGGAUCGAAAAGAUAGGACCUUAGGGAAGUGGUCUCCAAAAUGGGAAGACCCUUUUCAGAUUUUGCAAGUAUUUUCUAAUGGUGCCUAUGAAAUCGAAGAGCUUAAUGAAGAUAAGAGGACUCUGAGAGUAAAUGGGAAAUAUUUUAAAAAAUAUAGACCAGUACUCCAAGAGAUAAAAAUAAGAGAUGAAUAG